AUGUUCUUCAACUGUAGAACUGUGGCCCUUAGCUUACCAGUCUUCGCCUGUACAUCUGCAGCAGAUCCUCCUUGUUCAUCGAUGAUGCUUCCCAGGUAUGUGAAGGAUUGUACAUCUCCCAGAGUUUCGCCAUCAAGUGUGAUUGGAUUGCUGUUCUCCGUGUGGCAGUUGGGGAUCUUGCUUUUACCCUUGUGUAUGCUGAGGCUUAGUGAUUCAGAUGCUGCUGCUACACUACUUGUCUUCAUCUUCAUUUGUUUGCGUGUAUGGGAUAGAAGAGCCAGGUCAUCUGCAAAGUCCAACUCGUCUAGUUGA